AGGAGGAGGAGAGAAAGAAAGAAAGAGACUGGCUUUUCCUCUUUCAUUUCAGUUUUCUCCUCCUCCUUUUUCUCUUUUCCCCCCUUUUUUCACAAGAAUCUGAUUCAUUGCUGGGGGAGAAAAGGAACUUGGAAGAAGGAUGUUCCAGACUUUAUACAAUUACUUCUGGUGGGAACGGCUCUGGUUGCCGGCCAACCUGACGUGGAGCGACCUCCAAGACCAUGAUGGCCGGGUCUACGCCAAGGCCUCCGACCUCUACUUCACCAUCCCUUUAGCCUUCGUCUUCCUGGUGGUCCGGCACCUCUUCGAAAUGUACGUGGCCACUCCGCUAGCCGGCCUUUUGAACGUCAAGGAGAAAGUCCGGUUAAAAGCGACUCCGAAUCCAGUCCUAGAAAGAUUUUACAUUUCUUCCUGCAAACACCCCAAACAGGCCGACAUUGAGGCCCUGUCGAAGAAAAGUGGAUGCACCGCCCGGCAGGUGGAGCGUUGGUUCCGGCGCCGGCGCAACCAAGACCGGCCCAGUUUGCUCAAGAAAUUUCGGGAAGCCAGUUGGAGAUUCACCUUUUACCUUGUUGCUUUCAUUGCUGGCAUGGUUGUUAUAGUGGAUAAACCUUGGUUUUACGAUCUCCGGAAAGUUUGGGAAGGCUAUCCUGUCCAGACCAUGCUGCCUUCCCAGUACUGGUAUUACAUGAUCGAACUCUCCUUUUACUGGUCCCUCUUGUUCAGCAUCGCCUCCGACGUCAAGCGAAAGGACUUCAAGGAGCAAAUCAUCCAUCAUGUGGCCACCAUCAUCUUGAUCAGCUUCUCCUGGUUCACGAACUACAUUCGGGCCGGGACCCUCAUUCUAGCCUUGCACGACUCUUCGGACUACUUGCUGGAGUCGGCAAAGAUGUUCAAUUACGCCGGAUGGAAGAACACUUGCAACAACAUUUUUAUCGUCUUCGCGGUGGUCUUUAUCUUCACCCGGCUGAUCAUCCUUCCUUUCUGGAUCUUGCAUUGCACCAUAGUUUACCCGUUGGACUUCUACCCGGCUUUCUUUGGCUACUACUUCUUCAACCUCAUGAUGAUGAUCCUUCAGUGCCUCCACAUCUUUUGGGCGUUUCUCAUUAUCCGCAUGGCCCAGAAGUUCAUAACUGGAAAGGUGGUGGAAGAUGAGCGCAGCGACCGAGACGAGACGGACAACUCCGACGAGGAAGAAGACAAAGCCGUCGCGGGUCCUACCAACUCCGCGGCCACCAAAAAUGGCCCGCUUACCAACGGCCACCCCAUCUUGAACAAUAACCACCGGAAAACCGAAUGAUCCUUCUUCUUCUUCAUUUAUGUUUUUUGGGGGGCGAGGGAGGCGUACCCAUCCUUCUCCGGUUCCGGCUCACCUGUUGUCUGUCGCGAGACCCGCAAGCGAGAUUUUGUGGCCGAAACCAAAAUGAAAAGAAUCCCCCCCUCCGAAAAAACCUUUCCACGAGAACAUUUUUGAAAUCCCGUCCCGCAAACGAGGGAUCCUUCUCCUUUUCCGUCUCGAUCGCUGGCGAAGUUGAAAGCGCCGCCGGCUUCAAGAUGGGUCCAGAAAUGGGCGGCCAUCUUAGAACAAUUGUACAUACAAUGGAACAACUGGUCCUUAAGAGGCGUCUUCUUCUAAGAGGAGCUCUGAUCGUGGAAAGACGGCGAUCCCAUUUUCCUUCUCCCCGUUCUUCCUUUCUUUGCCAGAAGUUUGCCUUCUUCUUUUUGCCUCUUUCCUCAUUUCUUCCUUACCAAAUUGCCUUAAAACUAACGUUGGACAUCUAUCUGCCUUUCUUUUCCUCGUCCACUUUAAACCUGCCAAAUCGACGAAUACCUAAGAAGCUGUAGGAAGGGAGACGGUUAAAAAAUGACAGUGGGUUCUUCCCUCGCCGAUACACUUUAAGAAGAGAAAAGUCUAUUUGAAGGACACUUUGGUGAGAGAACAUGUCUGCCUUCAAGUCAACAGGCUUCUUCCUUCCCGUGCCAAAGGCCUUUGAAUUAAAUGCGUGUCCGAGAGCCGGGUUUGGCUUUGCUCUCAAACGUUCCUCGGUGCCAGGAUUUUCUCAAGUUUGCAAAAGGAAAAUGAUUGUGAGGAAGCCUUGCCCCGUCUCCAAUUUCCACAUUUUGAGGGAUGGACAUAUUCGGAGGCAAUGUACCUAAUCUUUGUUUUAUCUCCCUUAACGCUUCCGGUUCGGGGAGAUAAAACGCAAAGCCGAGACGUAAAAUGACACGUUUUAGGCUCUGCUUUGCAGUCACUUGAAAAUGCCAAAUAUUCCGAAUCUUGCGGAAGCCAUAGGUUUUGCUGGCAAAGAUGUAUUCUUAGCCGCGACAAAUUAGGGGUCUCGCUCCUAUACGUUCCUAGGUACUUUUCUCACUUUCCCCCCUGAGACAAACCCUUCACAAAAGAGCAUUUUUCAUUUUAAAUCUCGCUCAAUGCCUUACCCCACAGUGGUUCUGUUUGGGAUUUAUACAAGUAUCUGAGCAAGGAAAGCGAUGGGUUGAAUGGAAGCCGAUACACACAGUACACGGAAAGUUUGGGGCCGUUGGUGUGGGGUUUUGUUUGGGUCUUUUUUUACAUUUUUACACAAUAUAGUGUUCAGAAAAGAUCAGGUACAACUGCUCCCCUGUGGGGUGCAUACAUAUAUAUAUAUAUAUAUAUGGAUAUAUUUUUUUGUCAAGGUUGGUGGCUACAGCAAACAAAUCCAGUAGGUCAAGGAUGCCCAUGGGAUCCGACGGUGGCAGAAAGUGGGUUAUAUUCCUGUACGGCACAGUUUUUUCCUUCUAUAUUGAGCUUUUCCGCUGCAUCCCACUUUUUGUUUUCCUCUGGGGCUGUAAGACUUUUUUCCUACUCCACACUUUCCCCCCUUCGCCUAACCCCCCUUUUCUCACCCGAUUAAAUAUAAAACACCAAAUUCUCUGUAUAGUUAACUUGGGUUUCUCUCACAAAAGGUAAACAGAACAAUGUGGAUGUAUUCUUUUCCUUCCCCCUUUAAUUUAUUAGAUAGGAUUUUUUGAGGACCAGAGCAGGAGAAAUUUCUGUUGUUGCAAAAGUAAAAGAGGUCCAAAGGUUGAGAAAAUGCAUGGAAAAUUGACUCUAAAUGGAGGAACGUUCUGUCGUGUUUUGUUUCCAGCCAAGCCCUGGGUUUUGGGAGGGAGGGUUUUAAGAUGGAAAGUAAUAAAACAAAAGGACCAUUAGCAUUACCUUCAGACCAAAAUGUGUUUUUUUAAAAAAUUAAAAUAUAUUAAAAGCUAAAUAAAACUAAUGAAACUUCUGUUUAAA